GUCAUUGUCUGGUUGAUGACAGGAGAGAGCAGUCUCUAGCUCGAGCUUAAACUAGACUGACUGUCUUGGCUGCGAGUAUGUCUUAUCAGGGAUGCGAUCUGAAGGCCUUUGUUGCCGCCUUAGCUUUUUGCGUCGUGACAAGCCAGACGACUGGAACGCCCGCCUGCAAGCUUGACCCGACUGGAAUCAACUACAGGGGGAAUGUAUCUCAGACCAUAUCCGGUCACACCUGCCAGCAAUGGACUUCACAGUACCCCCAUCAACAUGGGAGGACUCCUUCUGAGUACCCCAACAGAGGACUUGGAGAGCACAACUACUGCAGGAACCCAGACCAUUCCUUCACUGCUUGGUGCUAUACUACUGAUCCAGAAGUUCGCUGGGGAUACUGUCCUUUCGGCGACCUUGAUCCCGAGUGUGCCAUCAUUCCUUUAGCUGGAGGUAUCCAAGAGUGUUACACCCUGUCAAACGCAUCAGACUACAGAGGAAAUGUAUCUGUUUCAAGGAACGGAAAACCUUGCCAGAGAUGGACCAGCCAAGCACCCCAUGAGCACCGUUACAUCCUUUCUGACUAUCCCGACGAUGGUCUAGGUGACCACAACUACUGUCGCAAUCCAGAUGGAAGUGGAGACUUUGCCUGGUGUUAUACCAACACUUCGACACGCUGGGAAUACUGCAACAUUGGGGUUCAGCAAGAAAGUUGUGUCCCCGAAGCUGAAGCAACUACACCUACUACAUCUACUGCUGGAGCUACCACACAAGCACCCACUACCACCGUUCUUCCACUGUGUAUGCAAGACCCCUCUGCGGUCACAUACAGAGGAAAUGUAUCACACACCGUAUCUGGACGCGCCUGUCAGCAGUGGAGCCUCCAAGCGCCCCACGAGCACACAAGGACUCCAGAGGAAUAUCCUUCCAGUGGACUAGGAGACCACAACUACUGCAGAAAUGUGGCCGGUUCCGCCUUCACGGCAUGGUGCUACACCACUGAUCCCGACAAGAGAUGGGAAUACUGCCCCAUUGGCUCCUUGGAUUCCACAUGCAUGGCUGAUAUAGCAUUGAGUCCAAGUGACUGUUACACUAACCCAUAUGCGACAGACUACCGAGGGACUAUCAACACGACACGGAGUGGUUAUACAUGCCAGGCUUGGACCUCCCAGUACCCCCAUGAGCACCGUAGGACACCUUCAGACUACCCGGAUACUGGUAUUGGGGAACAUAACUACUGCCGCAACCCCGACGCCUCAGACAUGGCUUGGUGCUACACCACAGAUCCUGAUAUGCGAUGGGAGUAUUGCAAUCUUGGAAUCCCACAAGAGGAAUGUGAAUGGGUUCAAACACCAAGUCCCACACCCACCAACAUGGAAGGUAGUGUUCGCCUGAGAGACGGUCCAAACCCUUGGACAGGUCGCGUUGAGAUCUACAUUGCAGGUGAAUGGGGGACUAUCUGCGAUGAUCUGUGGGGUCUUGCCGAAGCCAGCACUGUGUGCAGAAUGCUGGGGUACGAAGAGGGCGCUGUUCGAGCCAGCCUGAGAGCAGAGUUUGGGCCUGGCCUGCCUUCGGCACCAAUCUGGCUGGAUAAUGUUCAGUGUUACCUGAGCGAAGAUAACGUCCUUGAUUGUGAUCAUAAUGAAAUUGGAGUUCACAACUGUCGGCACCACGAGGAUGCUGGGGUCGAGUGCAAGCCAAAUCAAGAAUCUGUGAAUCAAACACCAGAACUACCAACAACAACAGCAACAACAAGCACUACAACUUCAAGCACUGAACAAACUCAUCCCGUCAAUAUCCAGGGAGGUACCUUCACUCUUCAAGACGGAGACCAUAUGCACAUCUCUUCGCCAAACUACCCUGCCUCCUAUCCAUCUCGCACCGGAGUAGAGUGGAUCGUCAGCAUACCUGAAAACUGCUCUUUGAUUCUUAACGUCACCAGCUUUUUCACUGAGGGCUCAUAUGACACGCUUAAAAUAGGCUGUGCAUCGGAAGCGAACAACCCGGCUACUACCCUUGCAACAUUUUCAGGUUCCCUACAGCCAUUCAUCCGAACUUAUGCACCAAGCAGAUUCAUGAAGAUCCGAUUCAGUAGUGAUAGUUCUGUGCAGUACAGUGGUUUUGAGGCGGAAUUAAGUAUUUCUUGCGAAACAGAAAUAGCAGAAGCCGUGACGCAAUUCUCCGAAGUACCAACAACAUCAAAAACAUCAACAACCACCACAGCAAUUUCAAGCAUUGAGCAUACACUCAUCAGUCAGGGAGGUACUUUCACUCUUGAAGACGGAGACCAUAUGCACAUCUCUUCGCCAAACUACCCUGCCUCCUAUCCAUCUCGCACCAAUAUAGAAUGGAUCGUUAGCAUACCUGAAAACUGCUCUUUGAUUCUUAACGUCACCAGCUUUUUCACUGAGGGCUCAUAUGACACGCUUAAAAUAGGCUGUGCAUCGGAAGCGAACAACCCGGCUACUACCCUUGCAACAUUUUCAGGUUCCCUACAGCCAUUCAUCCGAACUUAUGCACCAUGCAGAUUCAUGAAGAUCCGAUUCAGUAGUGAUAGUUCUGUGCAGUACAGUGGUUUUGAGGCAGAAUUAAGAGCUUCCUAUGGGGCAGAAGAAGCCGUGACGCAAAUCACCGAAGUACCAACAACAACAAAAGCAGCAGCAACAACCACCACCACAGCAAUUUCAAACACAGAACAUCCAGUUAACAGUCAAGGAGGUAAUUUCACUCUUCAAGACGGAGACCAUAUGCACAUCUCUUCGCCAAACUACCCUGCCUCCUAUCCAUCUCACACCGUAGUAGAAUGGAUCUUCAGCAUACCUGAAAACUGCUCUUUGAUUCUUAACGUAACCAGCUUUUCCACCGAGAGCAAUUUUGACAAGCUUGAAAUAGGCUGUGCAUCAGAAGCGAACAACCCGGCUACUACCCUUGCAACAUUUUCAGGUUCCCUACAGCCAUUCAUCCGAACUUAUGCACCAUGCAGAUUCAUGAAGAUCCGAUUCAGUAGUGAUAGUUCUCUGCAGUACCGUGGAUUUGAGGCGAAAUUAAGGGAUUCUUGUGGGACAGAAACCGUGACGCAAAUCCACGAAAUACGAACAGCAACAACGUCAACAACCACCACAGCAAUUUCAAGCAAUGAGCAUCCGCUCAACAGUCAGGGAGGUAACUUCACUCUUGAAGAUAGAAGCCAUAUGCACAUCUCUUCGCCAAACUACCCUGCCUCCUAUCCAUCUCACACCGAAGUAGAAUGGAACGUCAGCAUACCUGAGAACUGCUCUUUGAUUCUGAACGUCACCAACUUUUUCACUGAGGGCAAUUAUGACGAGCUUGAAAUAGGCUGUGCAUCCGAAGCGGAUAGCCCGGCUAACAUGGCUAGUACACUUGCAACAUUUUCAGGUUCCCUACAGCCAUUCGUCCGAACUUAUGCACCAUGCAGAUUCAUGAAGAUCCGAUUCAGUAGUGAUUUGUCUGCGCAGUACCGUGGAUUUGAGGCAGAAAUAAGGGCUUCUUGCGAAACAGAAGCCGUGUCGCCAAUCCACGAAGAACCAACAACAACAUCAACAACGGCAACAAGCACCACAUCAGUCAACAGCCAGGAUGUGACUACUCCACUUCCGUGGGCUGUAGGUGGGAACGUGGACUCUACAGGUGGGUCGAUCACUCUCGGGGAAGGAGAAGAUUAUUACAUUGGAACUCCUAACUAUCCAAGCAACUAUCCAGGAGAUACGAGCGUCUUAUGGCAGGUAAACACCCCUGAUGUUUGCUCCAUUAACAUCACAUUCCUUGCCUUCAACACGGAGCCCUUGUACGACUAUCUGGUGCUUGGCUCGCAGGAAGUGAAACCUAAGAACUUGGUGCAGCGUUGGACCGGAGGGGAGGUUCCCGUUUCGUUCCAUGUGAAUUCUAACAAGGCAUGGCUGCUCUUCGUGUCUGAUGCUGACAUUGAAGAGCAGGGAUUCGUGGCCAAGUUGCAGACUGUGUGUUCAAACGUACCAGCCUACUUGGAGGAUGUGCGCUUGGCCGGUGGCUUUGGACCACACGAAGGGAGGGUCGAAGUCCUUCACAAUGGCCAAUGGGGAACUGUCUGCGAAGACCUCUGGGAGCAGACGAAUGCUGACGUAGUUUGUAGGAUGCUGGGCUACGAAGGGGCCGACGCGCAGUACUCGACCCGUGACAUGUGGUGGAUUUCCGGAGGCUCAGGACCUAUCCUGAUGGACAAUGUGAUCUGCCAAGGCAAUGAGACCAGUCUCGAUGAAUGUAGCCAUCUUGGAUUUGGAGUGCACAACUGUGACCACUCCAAAGAUGUUCAUGUGAACUGCAGAACAGAUGCUCAUCCAUCCAGCGAGGAUCCAUCCAUGAUCCGCCUCGUCAACGGCAGCCGACCAAACGAGGGCCGGGUUGAAGUAUUCGACGGCAAAAGCUGGAGUACGGUCUGUGACGACUACUGGGGGAUAGACGAUGCACACGUGGCCUGUCGGAUGCUGGGGUACGAACGGGCCGAGGUGGCUUACGGAGAGGCCAAGUUCGGCCAGGGAACCGGUAGCAUUUUUCUAGAUGAUCUCUUUUGCGUCGGGACAGAGACCAGCCUACUUGCGUGCGAUCGCGGCCAUGGUUCCGAUUGUUCACAUGCAGAAGAUGCAGGUGUGCGGUGCUACGUAACAGCAUAAACUUGAGACAUCUUUGAUUAUAGCCAAAGGGCGGAAAUGCAAGGUCAUCUCGUCCAAAAUACAUGUUUUAUUUCGAUUUUGAAUGAUGUAUUUCUUUCCAUCAUAAAAGACCAAAAAUAGGGGGACAUUUGAUAUUGUGUCCCCCUGUCCCCCCCCCCCCUGGGAUUUCCGCCCAUGUUAUAGCCAUAUUACCUCAUGGCAAAUGAGUAGGCCUAAAAAUCAUAUCGAAUGACAUAUAGGAAUAGUGGUUUGCGUUUAAGUGGUGGUUUAAGGAGCUAUGCCUGUCAUUAAAUCUCGUCUGAAGCUUUGGUAAAGGGAUCAGUCAAAUGUGAAUUGAAAUAGAACAAAGGUAAAGCGAUCGCUACAUUUCUUUAUCCAUUAGAAUUAGAAUAUGUCACUUUUUACCCCUGAGAUUUUAAAUUUGGCAUCUCGCGCCAUCUCUCGGUAACUGUUUUUUUUUCAUUAAAAAUAUCAAUUUGAACACAUGCUUAGGUUGUUGGAUAUGAGUGGGCUGCAGCCAGAGAUUAUAUCAGAGAUUACAUGAAUGUGUAAUUUUUAUGCAAUUCGUUUCAUAACCUGUAAACAUGUGGAUAUUUUUGGUAAAUAAACAAAUCACAUCAUAUAUCCUGAAAUUUUCAGUCCAUUCAAUGCUCUCUACACAGGACAAAAGUGCGCAGAUUGUUUUUUGUUUUUGAACGGGCACCCGAUGAACGUAACCAUCCGAUGUAAAAUCGGUAAAUUUAACUGAUAAAACGUAUUUUUAUUUUAUUUUCUCAAGAUCAGACCUGUUUUAGGGCAACCCCAUUCAUAAUAUCAAGGAAUGCAUCGGAGUUGUGGCAUGUAUUUUGGGGAUUUGAAGGCUGCCACGUCUUGUAUUGUCUCGAGAGAGUAAAUGCUGUAAAAAUAUUGGGUAAAAUUUUAACCAGCACGAGGGUUUGUAUGUGUCCAACCAAAUUGGGGCAAUAUUUUAUCAAAUGCGGGAAGCAUAUUGCCCAGUAAGGUAAAAAAACAGCAGCAAUUACUUUAGAAAAGGCAACAUUUCCAUCUCACUGGAUGAAUAAAAAUGCCAAAUAUUGAUUGGACAUAAUUUAUAAAUACUCUCAUGGAUCAUUUUUACCCAAUAUUUUUUUAGAGUGUAUGCAGACCAUAUUGUUAAAAACCCUGAUUUUACAGGAAAAAAAAGAUUUUGCAGAAAACAAGAACAGAAUCAUUCUGUAAAUUCAUAAAACAGGAGUUUUUGUACAAUUUAGCAGAAUAGGUCUGUUUAAAUAGGGGAAAAUGGUGUUUUAUUUAAGGAGAUUUGUAAGGUUCCAUACGCCAAAUACCAAUUUCCUGUAAUGGUACAUAUAUAAUGUAAGAUUACGUAAGAUUACGCAUAUUGUCCAGUAAGGUUAAAAAAAAACCCAGCAGCAAUUACUUUAGAAAAGGCAAAAUUUCCAUCUCACUGGAUGAAUAAAAAUGCCAAAUAUUGAUUGGAUAUAUAAUUACUCUCAUGGAGCAAUUUUACCCAAUAUUUUUUUAGAGUGUAUGCAGACCACAUUGUUAAAAAACCCUGAUUUUACAGGAAAAAAAAGAUUUUGCAGAAAACAAGAACAGAAUCAUUCUGUAAAUUCAUAAAACAGGAGUUUUUGUACAAUUUAACAAAAUAGGUCAAAUGGUGUUUUAUUUUGGGAGAUUUGUAAGGUUCCAUACGCCAAAUACCAAUUUCCUGUAAUUUUACAUGAAAUAAUGUAAGAUUACGCAAUCUGGUAAGAUGACAGGUGUUCUCGAGACUCUGCUGCAGGAACUGCUUUUAUUUUAAUGAUAAAUUUUCUAACAGUGAACUACAACUAUACUAUAACUAUAAUAACUGUACUUUGUAAACUUUGAUCACGUAUUUCAGGGUUGCUAGCACUCACUUUGUAACUUAUUGGGCUUUUUAGUUAUUUUUUGUUCUUCAUUGCAACCAGAUAAUUUAUUUUGAUUUGGUACAUUCCACAUUAAACAUAAACAGGACGGUU